AUGGCGUCUCUCAAGCCGACCGUCAAGACGGCGCCGAUCUUCCUGCAGAAGACCUUCCGCAUGUUCCAGGAGGCGCCGUCCGACGUGGCCACAUGGAACCAAGAUGGCACGACGAUCCGCAUCCACGUGCCGCACCAGUUUGCGACCUCGGUGCUGCCCAAGUACUUCAAGCACAACAACUUUCUCUCGUUCGUGCGGCAGCUCAACUUCUAUGGCUUCCGCAAGUGCAAGGGCGACGCGGCCGAAGACGCCGAGUGGUGGGAGUUCCAUCACGACAAGUUUUCGCGCGAGGCGCCGCACUUGAUGCAGGAGAUUCGCCGCAAGUCGACGCCUGAGCCCGAGCACCCCAAGGAAAUCCAGUCGCUCAAGACGCAAAUUGCGGGCCUUCAGACGCAGUACGACAGCCUCACACAGGUCAUCUCGAACCUCACGGGCCAGAUCAACCAGCUUGUCGCGAUGGCCGCGCCGACCACAGCCUCGCCCAAGGACGACGACGACAUGAGUGUGGUCUCGUCGGACGACGAGCGCAUGAGCAUCGACUCGGACGUGGAAGACGCGUUCUGCAGCGACAUGGCGAUGCUCGAACUCUGCAGCUCGGACGAGCUCGCGACGAUCCAGGACAUGGUGUCGAUUUUUGAUUCGCCCAACGCCCACUCGUUCUUUGAAGGCUUUGACCAGCAGCACGUGGCGCUCAACUACUAUUAA